AUGACCGUAGCGGAAAAAACCGCAGUCCCAGCGACAACUCUCGCGACCAAUGCCCCAGACUCCAUGGACUUGGAUCCGUCGGCGCUAAAAACUCCAGUCCAGAGAAUGGAUCCAGCGACCAUAGCUUCGGAAGCGAUGGACGUGGAUCCCGUAGCUUCGACCUCUUCGGUGGAUAUCCAGUUACUCUGCAAGUUGCCGGAGAAACAGGCUAUGUCCAAAGAAGAGAAAAUCAAGCUCCUGGUCAAAGAGCACAUACACCUUUGGAAGAGGUGCUUAGUAGCCAAACAGUCCGGCUCGAUGGAGGAUCUCAAAAUUCUACUCCAUCAAGCCCAGGACAGCCAAAAAGUAUUACAAAAACUCAUCUCCAAACAAGAAUUGGAGGAAUUCGUCAAGGGCUGGAACCCAUGGACGAUAAAGAAGGAGCUCUUUCCCCAAGAAAAAAGAGAGGGGAAGAAGCGCAGCUCCUCUUCCAAAGUGAAGAAAGAGGUGUACAACAACCCUCUCCGAUGGAAGAAGGUCAUGCGCGGCUGCAACACUCUCGAAGCAGCCUACCGCCACAUGGCGGAUUAG